CUCUACGCCGUUUUCUCUCUCUCCUUCUUUCUUCCUCGGAACAGAUCUGCCAGGGAGGAACUGAAAUAUACGGGAUAGAAAGAGAGAGAGGAACGUUCUUUACUCUGAGAGAGAAUGAUGUCUCGAUGAUAAGUCGCGGGGUAGUAGCCUCAGACGAGUUCUUUCUGAUUCAUCCGGGAUCCGCGCGGCUUUGAGCGUCCUUGUCAGCGUCUGGACAUGGAGGUGAGGACAAGUCCUGUUGACGGCAGAGAGCAACCUCUCGACGAUGUCGGAGCUCGUCGGGUACUCGGUCAGAAUUCGGGGCGCCGCUGAAAUCACGGUCGGAUCUUCUUUCAAUAGGUAGCCGCGAGAGAUGCUGAAGAAAUCGCUCGUUUCGCGUUACGUUGUCGACGACAUUAAUGAGGAGACAGAAAGAGAAAGAAAAUGACAGACAGAGAGACGACUAGGAAUUUUCUCGGCGAAAAGCUAUCUUAAAACGCGAGUUGAGAUAAUAAUUAAUGAGCGAUUAUCAGUGCGCGCGCGAUUAUGACACAUAAUUAUUCGGACAAUGAUCAUUUUCGAGAGUGCGGAUUUUUUUAGUUAAAGGAAUAUCAUGUGUGUAUCUUUGAAUGAGAAUUUAUCGAUGGAUUGACGAUGACGACGAUGGAAGUAAUAAUCUGCUAGUGCAAAGAAGUGUUGUUCUUCAGUUUUAUGUCUUUAAUUAUGUUCAAAAUGUCGACGAAUUGUAAUUACAGUGCAAAUGAAGUUGAAAUUUUUACCACGUGGAUUACGCAUCCACACAUGAAUUGUGCGUAUCUCUUGUCGCAAUAAUUUGUAUAGUAAGAAUCGAUACCAAGAUAUUGUCGACGAGGAUGCAACCACAACACGAACAACGACACGAAAUCACCGCUGAUUGCUGUUACCAGCAAUGGCAGACGCAUCAUCAUCAUCAUCAUCACCACCAUCAGCAUCCACAUCUGUCUGUUAUACCGUCGCCGAUGCAACAAAUGGAAGCCUGCUUGCAGAGCGCCGGAAGAGUGAAGCGAUCGCGCAGUCCGAUGAAGGUUACUUUGCCGGUCCAUGUGGCGAAUCCAAUUUCUCCGUCAACCACAGAAUCUCGCAAUGACAGCAAUAACAACAAUCGUCAUCACGGUGAUCAUCAUCCGAGCGACGACGGUGCAUCCACCACCGAGGAAUUGGGUGCGAAACGGCCGCUUCAUCCGGUGUUAGUUGGCGCCGGUGCAGCCUUGGAAGCAAAGCCGCUAUGGGAGGAAUUUCAUCAACUAGGUACCGAGAUGAUCGUCACAAAAGCGGGACGAAGAAUGUUCCCCACAUUUCAGUGUCGACUGUUCGGCUUGGACCCCAACACAGAGUAUCUGAUGGUGAUGGAUUUCGUUCCGUGUGAUGAUAAGAGGUAUCGAUACGCGUUCCACAGCAGCGCCUGGGUUGUUGCGGGUCGUGCUGAUCCUGUAUCACCCCCCAGGAUUCAUGUACAUCCCGACAGUCCUGCGAAUGGCGCUCAUUGGAUGAAACAGCCCAUUUCCUUCGAUAAAUUAAAAUUAACAAACAAUCAGCUGGAUGAUAAUGGACAUAUUAUCUUGAACUCGAUGCAUCGUUACCAGCCGCGCUGCCACGUGGUGGUCGCACCCUCGCCACCCGGUUCGGCGCCGGAUCCUCGCACGGAGAACUUCAAGACGUUCUCCUUUCCAGAGACCAGGUUCACCGCUGUGACCGCGUACCAGAAUCACCGAAUAACCCAGCUGAAGAUCGCCAGCAAUCCGUUCGCCAAGGGCUUCCGGGACUGCGAGUCCGACGAGUGUGAGUCCACCAGCGUCACCGUGGCUAGUGGGAUGCAGAAUCCGGCCAAAAGACCGGCUACGACAGCCGGGAAUGUCGCUGGUCCUGCCGUCCUGUCAUCCAGUUAUAACGUGAUGCCGGCGCCAAUGCAGAUCCCGAUGAGUAUUGCAGCCGGAACCUCUCAGGAGCAUCAUCAGUUUUACGGGGCGACCGGUGCCUCUGGUCCCUGGACGCAUUAUCCGAGUCACCAUGGACAGCCGUCGGCGCAUGUCAACGCGGUUCAUUAUCCGACGCAUAUGCAACCGCAUCCACAUCAUUCAGGUGCUUCUCUUUAUGGACCACGAUAACUGAACAUCAUCAUCAUCAUCAUUAUCAUCACGUUGUAUCGUUAUCUCUCAUCGAUUUCUACGUCGACGACUUGAUGUUCAAAGAACAGAGUGGGAUUUAAAUGUACUCUCAUCUUGUAUCGUUCGUUUUUCGAGCGAUGUGUUUUUCGUGGACCGUGCAUGAUCUCAUUGAUUGAGAAUUCGAUGCAUCAAAUUUAAGGAACAGUGAGAAUGAAGUAUAUCUUCGUGUCCAUGUCUUGAUGCCUUUGACCUCUUAUCGCCAAAGAUUUAAUAUAUCCCUGAGAUAAAGAGUGGAGUUUCAAGUGUAUUUCUUCAAGUUUUCUUCACGGAUUGCGAAAAUUGAUGAUUGUUAUUGUUAAUAUUUCUUCUUCUUACAUACAGAAUUUGCUAGUGCCUUUAUGUCUAUUUCAGACGGAAAAAUGUGAUCUUUCGUAAAAAAAAUUAUAUGCAAUGCCUUCCUAAUGUUUGGAAAAACAGUGGAAUAUUAAAGUAUUAGCAUAUUAUUCGCGUCCUAAUUUGUUCUUCAGAUAUGAGAAUUGCUUUGCAUAAAGCUAUGUAAAUUAAAAGAUUGUAAUGUUUACAUAUAUCUAUAUUUUUAUUUAUA